AUGACACAAAGGAAUCAUAGGUUUGAGGAUGGGAAGCUAAGAUAUAUCACAUUGGGUUGUGCUCGUGGUGGGAAGGCACGUAAUCAGACCACAAAUGUCGCUCGACCACGUCCGACAUCAAAGACAGGCUGUAAUGCAAUGAUAAACGCUACAUUUUUUGAAGGGGUGUUAAAGUUGUUGACUGUUCACAAUACCCACAAUCACGGCCUAAGUCCACAAAAAUCGAGGUUCUUCCGCUGCAAUAGAGAAGUGAGUUUGUCUGUUAAGAGAAUGCUAGAUACAAAUGAUCAAGCUGGUAUCAGAAUGAACAAGAGCUUCGCCGCUCUUGUGCAAGAAGCAGGUGGGUUUGAGAACUUGCCAUUCAAUGAAAAAGACUGUCGUAACUACAUUGACAAGGUACGCCACCUUCGACUUGGGAAAGGUGGUGCUGAAACCCUCCAUGAAUAUUUUGCUAGGAUGCAAUACAAGAAUAAUGGAUUUUUUUCACUACUGGAUAUGGAUGAUAAUGGGAGGUUGAAAAAUGUCUUCUGGGCAGAUGCACGGAGUAGGGCAUCAUACAAAUAUUUUGGUGAAGUUGUCACGUUUGACACUACCUAUUUGACAAAUAGGUAUGGGAUGCCGUUUGCACCAUUUGUUGGUGUAAACCACCAUGGACAAUCAAUCCUUUUGGGGGCAGGAUUGAUUUCUAAUAAGGAUACAGAAACGUUCACAUGGUUGUUUCAGAGUUGGUUGAACUGUAUGGAUGGUGAAGCUCCAAAGGCUAUUAUCACAGAUCAAGAUAGAGCCAUGAAAAAUGCAAUUGCGCUUGUCUUUCCGAAUACCCGACACCGAUUUUGCUUAUGGCACAUACUGAAGAAAGUACCUGAAAAACUGGGUUCACAUAGUGCAUACAAAGAUGGGUUGAAAAGUCAGUUGCUUAAGUGUGUGUAUGACUCUCAAACAAUAGAGGAGUUUGAGAAAUAUUGGGAAGUGAUGAUUACAACAUACAACUUGCAGGAGAAUGCUUGGUUGCAGAGUUUAUAUGCUGAGCGUACCUAUUGGGCACCGUUUGUUGAUCAAUUCGAUAAUGCGUUGAGGAAGAAGAUUGAAAAUGAAAAUGCGGCGGAUUUUCACUCAUUCAACGUCACAAUUUCUACAGUCUCUAUUUCUCCACUUGAGAAGAUAUUUCAAGCCACAUACACCAACUCUAAAUUUAGAGAAGUUCAAAAAGAAGUAAUAGGAAUGGUUGGUGUUCUUCCAACUCUAUACCGGAAGGAUGAUGUAAUUGCAACGUACUAUGUAGAAGAUGAAGUUUGUAUUGAUGAUUUCAUCAAGGAGGUGACCCAAACGGUGUAUUUUAAUGAGGCUGACGUAGAUGUGAAGUGUUCAUGUGCACUGUUCGAAAUGAGAGGGAUAUUGUGUAGAUAUGCAUUAGCCAUUAUGAGAGUUAACAAAGUGAAAAAGGUGCCAGAAAAGUAUAUAUUAGAUCGAUGGAGGAAGGGCAUUAAAAGAACAUACACUUUUAUACGAAGUACUUAUGACUCAGUUGAUGCAAGGCCAGAAGUGAGCAGGUAUUCACGUAUAUUGAAGGUAUGCUAUGACGUUGCCACAAAUGCAGCGUCAUGUGAUGAGCAUGCUAAUGAUAUGAUAGAUAAGUUACAUGCAAUGAACAUCGUCUAUCGCACGAAGAAGUCGCCCCAACGACCCUUGGAACAUGUUGCAGAUACAAUUGUCGAUGCACCUACAGCUGGGAAUUCAAAGAAAGUCCUGAGUCCCCUUGUAGUUAGAGGCAAAGGGAGACUGCCAUGCCUCAGGAAAAAAUCAAUGAUUAAGAGAGUCAAACCCACAACCAAGAAGGCUACUCAAAAGGGAAAACGUAAACAGCCACAUGGAAGAGAUAUCGACAGGGAUGACAUGUGCAGAAAUUUAUUUGGGCAAACAAAUGUUGGGACACAAGAGAGUGUUGUCUUUGAGCCUCUUCAAAACACUACCGAAGUGUUGGACUUUGGUGAAACCCAACUUGGGGAUGGCACAUAUAAAGCUCUAGAUGGGACUGAAGAUCAUGGACAUGUGCAAGGAUGAAGAUGUUGAAAUACUUUCAUCUCUUUCUAAUUAUGUGUUGGGACUUGUUUAUGUUAUGACUCGGUUGGUAUAAUGAUGGGAGGUUGGGAUUUUGAGUUGUAAGUGUUAAGUCAUACUUGUGAAGUAGGGA